AUAUGAGGUAGGCGCACAGCUGGGCGGAAGUUGGUGGCGUCGGUAUGGCGGAAUAUGAGCAAGUACAGAGGAGCGCGCUGAAGCUCAAAGGGGUGUCGGAAUUGGGCGUAACGAAGCGGAAAAAGAGGAAGGACAAAGACAAGAGCAAGGUCCUGGAGCAGAUUGUGACGAGCAAAAAGAACGAGGAGGAGAAACGGAGGGGACUGGACAAGCGGACACCAGCCCAGAUUGCCUACGAGAAGAUGCAGGAGAAGAGGCAAAUGGAAAGAAUCUUAAAGAAAGCAUCCAAAACUCAUAAGCAGAGAGUGGAGGACUUCAACAGACAUUUAGAUACUCUAACUGAACACUAUGAUAUCCCCAAAGUCAGCUGGACAAAAUAGACUCCUACAGUGUUGACUGGUAUGACCCUGAGGAAGAAGGCUCAGUUGUGUUUGUUCUGGAUAACUGUGGCAUGUUCUUUAGAUGCAUUUUUCCCUUUUUUUUUUUUUUUUUUUUUAAUGUUUCCUGCUAAAACUAUUUUUAAAAACUCUGUAAUCAAGUUAGUAAUUUGUUGCACUUUAUUAAAGUGGAAGUCAUGAUUA